UUCACCAUUAGUCGUUUCGCCCUAGCAUUAUUUUUCGUUUGAGAAAUACUGUGUUUUGAAUGAAUCUUCUCGGUAAAAAGAACAAAUUUUAGUGCUUAACAAUAGUGUUUAUACUGAUAUAUCGAUAGCAGUCGAUAUAAUAACCAGGAUUGUAUUAAAUGUGAAAAACGGGAAAAGAGUUUGACGAGGAAGACGAAACGCAGUAAAAAAUCAAUUACAUCGCAUAAUACCUUUUAUUGAAAAACGACAUCAAAACUAAAGAAGCUUAAAAAUGACGGAAGCGGAACAAUCAUACACUAAUGGAACCAUCAAUGAAGAGGAUGAAGAGAAUAAACAACGCCCAGCUGAUAUAGAACAAGACAUGCGUGAAAUGGAGCGACGCAAGCGUGUUGAGGCCAUCAUGCAUUCAAGACUAUUUCGUGAAGAGUUGGAACGAAUUGUUGAUGGGCAGAUACGUGAAGGGCCCCCAGGGCUCCUACAACAGUUGUCUGACAUUAUGGGAGUGCCGGCAGCCCGCAUUGGCAAUGUAUUCAAGGGCGCUAAUUGCGUUGUACCAAUUAACGAUAUUAGAGGUGUAGAAGCUAUGGGCUACGAAAAAGGAGAGAAAAUAUUGCGUUGCAAACUUGCAUCUACAUUUCGGCUUUUAGAUUUGUAUGGAUGGACCAAGGGCUUAGGCAGUCAGAUCACCGCUCGCUUGAAUGCAGAUCAAGAAUUAUUUUUGGUCAAUCCAUACGGGUUGCUUUAUAACGAAGUUACGGCAUCUUCUUUGAACAAAGUUGACAUGCAAGGCUCAGUCACGGAGCAAGGAACCACCAACUUCGGCAUAGAUACUAGUCACUUUUUGCUACACUCAGCCGUACAUGCUGCACGACCCGAUAUCCGUUGUAUCAUCUAUGUUGGAUUUAGUUCUGUCGUAGCUGUUUCUGCGCUUAAAAGUGGCUUGUUGCCAUUGACGAAGGAUGCAGUUGUUCUCGGGGAAAUAGCCGUUCAUACUUACACCGGUGGUAUCUAUGAACCAGAAGAGAAAGAGAAGCUUAUCCGUAGCCUUGGGCCUAACUCCAAGAUUCUCUUGUUGUCAAACCAUGGUGCCUUAUGCUGUGGUGAAACGAUUGAAGAAGCAUUUUUCGCUACCUAUCACAUUAUUCAGGCAUGCGAAGCCCAACUGAAAUUACUUCCACUUGGAUUAGAUAAUCUUAUUUUGAUUCCCGAGGAAACUCGCAAAGCUAUCUACGACGAAUCGAGGAAGCCACCAGAGGGAUCAACAAUUGCAACACAAGAUAACAAAGAGCGUCCAAAUCAGGCUCCUAAAUGGCGUGUUGGCGGUGCUGAAUUCGAAGCUUUGAUGAGAAUGCUGGAUAAUGCAGGUUAUCGCACCGGCUACAUCUACCGCAAUCCAUUGAUCAAAGGCGACUUGCCGAAACCCAAAAACGAUGUUGAACUUCCGCCAGCAGUAUCUUCUCUUGGAUAUCUUUUGGAGGAAGAGGAACUUUACAAACAAGGCAUUUGGAAGAAAUCUGAUCUACGAAAAGGAGGAGAACGUAACAAGUGGUUGAAUUCUCCUAAUGUUUACCAAAAAGUGGAAAUUUUGGAGACUGGAACCCCAGAUCCGAAAAAAAUAACUAAGUGGGUUGCCGACGGUUCACCUAAUCAUUCCACUCCGGUGAAAAUUGAGCAUGCUUUACAGUUUGUUCCAACAAACACGAACCCGAAAGAGUUUAAGAAGAUUCAACAACAGAUCAAAGAUAAUCGCCGCGCUGAUAAGAUUUCUGCUGGUCCUCAAUCUCACAUCCUUGAAGGCGUUUCAUGGGAUGAAGCAGCUAGAAUGAAAGAUGCUACAGUGUCCGAAACAGGGGAUCAUGUGGUUUUGAUGGGAGCUGCGUCAAAGGGCAUCAUUCAAAGAGGUUAUCAGCAUAACGCGACAGUGUAUAAGGCCCCGUAUGCUAAAAAUCCAUUCGACUCUGUAACUGACGAUGAAUUAAACGAAUACAAGAAAACUGUUGAACGAAAACGACACGGUGACUAUACUGACACAGACUUUUCAGAGUCUGAAGCAUUCAGUUCAUUACAAAUAUCUGGUCAAAUUAAAAGCCCUGAAAUCAAUCAUUCGGAAACCGAUGGUGAGCAUCACGUUAUCAAAAUUGAGACGAAACAUGCGCCGAAACCCAGUCAGCCCGAGGUAGUUCUUAGUGAUGCAAAUGCUGACUUUAUCAAUAGAGAAAAGGCUGCAUCUGGUAAAAAGGGCAAAGGAGAACAUGUUCAGAAUGGUGAUCAUUCCGAAGCUCAUCUUAGUACAUUCUCACACAGCAGCAAAGAGGAUGUUUCGACAGAAGGUUCGGCCAAGAAAGAUAAGAAAAAGAAGCGCGGCUUACGGACUCCUUCGUUCUUAAAGAAGAAAAAGGAAAAGAAAAAGACAGAAGCUUAAGAACUUUACGAGCUAUUUCUAUAUCUCAUCCUCCUUUAAAAGUCUUUUUUUAAAAUAUAUUCUUUGAAUCAAACAACUCUAUAAUAUUCUUAUACUUAGAAAAUAUAAAUAUAUAUAUUGACAGAGAAACGACAAAGUAAAGAAUGAUACUAAAUAUUACAAAGAAAUUUUAUUAUUUAAAAUAAAAGAAAAAUAUAUAUAGGUACAUACAUAAAUAGUUUAAAAGUGCAUCAAAGAAAUAUUGUGCAGCUUAGUAAAAAAAAAUAUUUGAACUUUCACAAAUAUUUUCAAGUCUUUUCAACAUUUGAUAUUGUUUAUAUGUAGAGAGCUAACUAAUGUCAUUGUUCAGCAAUCAGUUUUAAAAAGCUUUCAACUUACAAUUCGACAGCAAUAACAAAGAAAGAUAAAAAUGCUUAUAUAUAUUUUAAUUUUCAUUCAUGAAGUGAUGUUUAAGUAAUUUUUGUAUCAACAAUUUGAGCCAUAUUUUCAGUUACAUAAUCAAAUGCUAUAAUUUGUUUUUUUUUUUUAUUUAUACUCCUAUAAUCUAUAGUAUUUAUUAGUAGUAACAGCCAAGAAUAGCAUUAUGAACAUUUUCAAUUGAAAAAAUGCUUGAUAAUAAAUAGAGCUUGAGCUAGGUAGGUCAUGACGGUCAUCCCAGCGUAAAAAAAAACAAAAAAUGUAUGGAAAGUUGUGGGAACGAAAAAAGGGUAUUUAUUAUCACUGCCUAAAAUACGUAUAAUGCUCAAAAUCAAAUUCAUAUAAUCACACAAAAACUCAGAGGAGCAAUAACGUAAUAAAAAUUUCAAGCACAAGCGAUGGCAACAAAGGUCAAUGUUUACCACUUUAUUAAUGCUCGAUUUCUGGGAAUUUAAAGUAAACUUAGUCGUGAAUUUCCUUGAAAAUUUUAACAACAAUUUAAUAUUAAAAAAUUAAAAAGAAUGUCCAUACACAAAAUUUAAUAGAUAAAUAUGAAAAAUUUAAGAAACUUAACAUACAACUGCCAAUUUACUUUCAUCACAACAUGUCUUAAAAUUGAAUAUUGUAAACAGAAAUCAUACUAAGAUGAAUAUUUAAAAACCUUUGAAUCGAUAAAAAAAAAUGUUAUGACAAAACCAAGAUUUUGUAGGAAAAACCUUCUGUUUCAAUACUUGGUCUUACUAGUUGACGAAAUAUUUGCUCGAGUAAGAUAAACUGGGCCUUAGCAUUACUUUUAUUUUCUUACAAUAUGAAGUUUCAAUGGAUAUAUGUAACUUAUUUUUAUACUGAUAAUUGAAACUUUCACGUUACUUUACUUGCCAGUAAACAAAUAUUUUAAUAACUUAUUAAAUUACACAAUAAAAAAUGUUAUGUGAAAGAGACAAAUUUGCAUCACAAAAAAAAUUAUUUGAUUUAUUUCUGCAAGCAAACAAAACACCUUAGCUAUAAAUAUAGAUAUUAUGUAAAGGUUAAUAAAGCAGCUGAAUUUACAUUACAUUAAACAGUUAUCCUGUGUUGCAUUAACAAUUGUUGUUCCUUUUCAUAGCUUUUUGAUCUUUUGCUUACAUUUUAUUUGUAUGUAAUUAUA